AUUAACCAUUUUUUCACCUUCUUCACCUCUCUCUAUUAGCAAAACAAAGAAGAAGCUCGAAGUCUCUCCUCCAUUAAUGGAACCGUCUCUCUCUCUCCCUCUGCUGAUGUAGCUCCCACGAGCUUCAGAGUAAGCUUGAAGCGCAAUUCCCGCUAACUGAAACGAAAUCGGCUUUACUACAAGUAUUUUUAUACAUUAAAGUUUCCUCUUUUAUCGUUCCUCCUUGCCUUAAACUUUCUCUCUCAGAACACCACUCAAGCUUCGCCUCCUUUGAAACUCUUCUUCUCACUGCCUUAUCGCUUCGUGCUUCAGGGUAUACUCGUGAGUCAAACUGCUAGUGAGGAUAUAAGAUCUUCCAGAAAAAAAACUCUGUCUUUUGUGUCUCAAUCUAAUCGUCAAAGCAAUGGAAAGCCCUUCUGCAUCCAGAGAGAAAGGAUUCUCUUUUCCAGAUAUCCCAACAGAAGAAAUGGAUGGUUGGGUUAAGAACUUGAUCUCUGAAGAAGACAUGUUCAGCUCUUCGGAGCUUGUGAAUUUUGAACCUUUUGCUUCUUGGUGCAAUACCCCUUCCGCUACAGAUAUCUUGUUCACUCAAUACGGCUUUUCCACCUCUCAGUCUACUACUACUAGUACGCCUUUUGGAGGCUUUACUGCGUUACAUGUAGAUCCCUCUCCUUCUUUCCAAGGUUUCGAAGGCUCUUACGCCGGCGAAAAGAGACCCAUGCAGGAGACGAGCUCUCAGUUUUAUUGCCUAUCUGAUACUGAGAGGAUGAGCGGUAAACGAAGCAAGAAUGGUAGUUUAACCGGCGGGAUAGACUCUAGUGUUCCAAGGUCGUUGAGCCACUCGCUUGAUGAGAAGAUGCUCAAGGCAUUGAGUUUGUUCAUGGAGUUCUCUGGAGAGGGAGUCCUGGCUCAGUUUUGGACUCCUAUUAAGACGGGAGAUCAGUACAUGCUCAGCACUUGUGAUCAAGCGUACUUGCUUGACUCGAGGCUAUCUGGAUACCGUGAAGUGUCGAGGAAGUUCACCUUCUCUGCAGAAGCGAAUCAAUACUCUUCUCCAGGUCUUCCAGGGAGAGUCUUUAUCUCUGGAGUGCCUGAGUGGACAUCAAACGUGAUGUAUUACAAGACCGCUGAGUAUCUACGGAUGAAGCAUGCAAUAGAUAACCAAGUUCGUGGUUCCAUUGCAAUUCCUGUCCUUGAAGCAUCUGGAACAUCUUGUUGUGCUGUCCUUGAACUUGUGACAUGUAGGGAAAAAUCCAAUUUUGAUUUGGAGAUGGACUCUGUUUGCCGUGCUCUCCAGGCCGUGAACUUACAAACAUCAACUACUCCUCGUUGUCAGUACCUUUCAAGUAAUCAAAAAGAAGCUUUGGCCGAAAUAGGAGACGUUCUUCGAGCAGUGUGCCAUGCACAUAGGUUGCCUUUAGCUCUAGCUUGGAUUCCCUGUAAUUACUCCAAGGGAGCGAACGAUGAGUUGGUGAAGGUUUAUGGAAAAAAAUCAGAGGAAAGUUCUCUUCUUUGCAUAGAAGAGACAUCAUGUUAUGUCAAUGAUAUGGAAAUGGAAGGUUUUAUGACGGCAUGUGUGGAGCAUUGCCUGAGAGAAGGGCAAGGAAUAGUUGGCAAAGCAGUCCUAUCAAACAGACCGUCUUUCUCAUCCGACGUAAAGACAUUUGAUAUCUGCGAGUACCCUCUUGUUCAGCAUGCUCGAAAGUGUGGCCUUAAUGCUGCAGUUGCUACCAAACUUAGGAGCACAUUCACCGGCGACAAUGAUUACAUACUUGAGUUUUUCUUGCCUGUAAAUAUGAAGGGAAGCUCAGAACAACAACUUUUGCUGGACAGUCUCUCGGGCACGAUGCAGAGAAUAUGUCGGACCCUGAGAACUGUUUCAGAUGAAGUUACUGAAGUUGGGUUUCGUAGUGGAGAAAUAAUGUCAAUUCUCCCACAGGCUAAUGUAUCUGAAGGAAGCUUUCAGACAACAUUGCUGGAUACUGACGUCAACUCUACUAGAAGUAUCUUCUCAAACACCUCCGAUAAAACAAAUGAUAUAGCAAGCUCUCAGGGAACUCUUCAACAGGAAAUUACCACCGGAGCUAGAAGAGGAGAGAAGAGGAAAAGCAGUACAGAGAAGAAUGUGAGCUUAAAUGUUCUCCAACAAUACUUCUCUGGGAGCUUGAAGGAUGCUGCAAAGAGCCUUGGUGUUUGUCCAACUACACUAAAACGGAUAUGCAGACAACACGGAAUCAUGAGGUGGCCAUCUCGCAAGAUUAACAAAGUGAAUAGGUCACUGAGGAAAAUACAGACGGUGCUGGACUCUGUUCAAGGUGUAGAAGGAGGACUGAAGUUUGACUCAGUGACAGGGGAAUUCGUAGCAGUUGGCCCUUUGAUACAAGAGUUUGAUACUCAAAAGACUCUGUCCUCUCAUCAUGACGAUGCAUUUGUAAGAGACCAGGGUGAUAUGGAUGAAGAAGCGUCAUUAGAGCUUUUGAAAGUUAAGUCUCAUGACGGUGGCGAGGUUAAGCUGGAGGAGGGUGUUGAAACAAACGAAGCAGGAUCCUUGAUGGAGCCAUGGGAUUGGAUGAGCAAACAGCAUGGGUUGAAUUAUAGUGAUGAUUUCGAUAUAAGAAAAAGGAGUGAAGAGGUAAACAAGGACAAAGAAGACCUUUGUGUGCGAAGGUGUUUGAGCUCUCUAGCACUCGCAGAGGAUGUGCAAAACGCAAGAAUCGAACGCGGUAUUGGUAAUGCUGAACCAAACCAAUCAAUCUCCAGCAGCAUGUCUGAUUCAUCGAAUGGUUCAGGUGCGGUUGUGGUUGGAAGUUCAACUACUUCCAUGGAACAAGAUUGGAACCAAACCAGAACUCAUAACAAUAGCGGCGAGAGCGGAUCAGUAUUGACUGUAAAAGCCACUUAUAGAGACGACACUAUACGUUUCAAGCUUGAUCCAUAUGUUGGUGGUUGCUCUCUGCUCUACAAAGAAGUUGGUGAGCGUUUCAAGCUACAAGACGGUGCAUUUCAGUUGAAAUACUUGGAUGAUGAAGAGGAAUGGGUGAUGUUGGUCACAGAUUCUGAUCUCCAUGAAUGCUUAGAGAUAUUAAACGGUAUGAGAAAACAUACGGUGAAGUUUCUGGUCCGAGAUUUACCUGCCGCCGCGAUUGGAAGUUCCGCAGGCAGCAACGGGUACAUCGGAACAGGUUCAUAGCAUCUUCCACUGCUAUAUAUAAACACGUUAUCUAUGUUUGAUCUGACAUUAGUUGCUCAUAGAAAGACAAAAAGAUAUGUGUAGUGGAGUUGAAGAAUGUAUGUAUAUAACCAUAGAAAGACAACACAAAGAUUACAUUUUGGCUUCAAAUAAGUUGUACAAGUAGAGAUCUUGAUUGAAUAAUAUAUUUGCUUGUCUAUUAUCACUCAAUACGUCCACGGUAAUAUCGGG